AUGGGACGACGACCAGCAAGAUGCUACCGUUAUAUCAAGAAUAAGCCAUAUCCCAAGUCUCGAUUCUGUCGUGGUGUUCCAGAUCCGAAAAUUCGUAUCUUUGAUUUGGGCAAAAAGAAAGCUACAGUGGAUGAAUUCCCGUUAUGUGUGCAUUUAAUGUCCAAUGAACGAGAACAUCUUUCAUCGGAAGCGCUUGAGGCAGCUCGUAUUUGUGCCAAUAAAUAUAUGGUAAAGAACUGUGGCAAGGAUGGUUUUCAUAUGCGUGUGCGUAAACAUCCAUACCAUGUUGUACGCAUCAAUAAAAUGUUAUCAUGUGCAGGUGCUGACCGCUUGCAAACUGGAAUGCGAGGAGCUUUUGGUAAACCUCAGGGCUUAGUUGCACGAGUUGAUAUUGGUGACAUAUUAAUAUCGGUACGAGUAAAGGAACAGCACGAAGAGCAUGCGGUAGAAGCUUUUCGAAGAGCGAAAUUCAAGUUUCCUGGGCGUCAGCUUGUUGUGGUAUCAAGGAAGUGGGGCUUCACAAAGUGGGACAAAGAGGAAUAUGAGACAAUGCGUGGAGAAGGACGUUUGGUACCAGAUGGUGCAACAUGCAAACUCGUACGAGAGCAUGGUCCGUUAUCAAAAUGGAUUCAUAAUCCUAUUUAA